ACAUGUGCCACACUCUGCUCUCACUCGUCCACAAAACCUGAUAUUACUCGUACUUUCUCUCCUGACAUCGAUCCACUUCUUUGUCAACCCUUCAAUAAAAUAUCAGUCAUCAUGUUCCUGUCCACUCAGUUAAGCAAGAGGCGAAAUAAGGAAAAAAUAGACCUUUGUUAUCAUCGAAGUGGGAAUAGCAGAGCUGCUGGCCGCCAUAUUGAUCUCUGGUUGCUAUAGCAGUAGUGUAAACAUAACCCGCAGCGAGGAGCCACUAUGUGAGUUCUCUUACAUGAUUUUUCGUUCUUUGAGGAGAAAUACGAAAUGUUCUCGUGUCUGGCAUAGACCACGAGGAGCCAGGGCGUCUUGCGAGGCAUAGGAGGUGCCAAGAAACUAUGCCCGAACUCUGUUUCUAUCCUCAUCUUGACUACAAUAUUAUGGGUGAGGUAGCAAGACCCCGGACACCGCUCUUCAACAGUCGACCUUACAUUGUGGGCUACUCUGGCUACAUCCCAGGUCUCAUGUUCCGCUACGGCAUGACAUUCGGGAAGGCAGCAGAAGAAAGCAUCAGUCUGUACAUCCGUCAGCAGGCGGAGCGUCGCAGCAGAGAGGAGGUGAAGCGCUCCCGCUCGCUGCCCAGAGUCAGAGCCAAGAGAACAGACUCACAGGUCAUAGAGGACUUCUAUAAUAAGUAUGGACUCGAUGGUCGAAGCAACCCCAACUACCCUCCACUUCCAGGCUACACUGGUUACAUCCCCAAGAUGAAGCCCACUGACUUGGGCAUCGGUAGAACCUUCAGCGCCGCCGCCAGGAGAGGUCUAGCUCAGGUGACCGUAGCUAGAGAGCAACGGGAGGUGUUGAACCCGCAGCUACAUGUGGCUCUCCCCACCAAGCACCAUACUACAGCACCCUCCUAGUCCCCAGGGGGAAGGAAAAACCUCCUUCAAGCCUCCACACGACAACACCGCGUUCUCAACACGCCCAUCACGCCCACACGAAUCAGCAGACAACACGCCCACACGCUGCUCCCCAUCCCUUUGUAUAAGGGACACCACCUCACGCCAUACUGAAGACCCGUUCAGAGUCUGGCACAGCGAGUCACCACGCCACACAUGUCUUCGUUUGCUGGAGUCUUUCAUCGUAUUAAUGCAUGAAGAGCAAGAGCUCAGCUUACUGCCAAAGCCACUGAUUGUCUUAUAUUCUAAGCACACACAAAUACAUGUCAUACUUCUUUUCUCUUCACUGCAUCAGUGUUACUGCAACACACAACUGCUGCGCUGCUCCCGUGAAUAUAUCGUAAGUUUCGUUUUUCUUGAUCUUCCGAAGGACCAGUCGAUCGUUGUGUCACUUAUAUCGUUACUCAUAAGUCAGGAAGAAACUCGAUGACUUCACCGUUGAUAAUAAUCUCUUAUCUGGGAUAUUUUGUAAUACUGAUCAUUGAUUUAGAAAACCUGUCGUGCGUACCUCUGAGCAGUAUUAGGCGAGAAUUUACCUCAUUCAGCUAUGCAUGCUAACCUCUUUUCCUGCUAUUUCUCAUUCUACACGCUGAAGUUCAAGUGUUGUAAUGCAUAUAUACGUUCAUGUUCACGUUUAUUCAUAGCAUUUUCACUCAAAAACUACAUAGUCGAACUCAAACAAUAACUGCCAUUUCUUGAAACACUGCGCUUUUCUAAUAGCUUAGAAAAUAUGAAGCUAAUAUAAGUCAGCCAACCACAAGAAAACUAAUGUGGCGCAUAAAUGCAGAGCAUCAUAGAAGCAGAUUUAAGCACAAAAUUGACAAGACUGUUCGGUGGUUCCUGCCAGGUAGUCAGCUAGUUGGCUAUAUCUACAAGAGUCUAGAAACUAGAAAAACUCAAAUCAACAAAUGACAUUUUAAUGGAGGAUAACAGUGAUUAAUUAUGUGUUUUUUUUUUUAGUGUUCCGUUAGAGAAAUACUCAGCACGUUCAAGAGGAGAAAAAAUAUAUACUUGUAACCAGGGCAUGUUUGAAAUUUUAGGCUUAUGUGGUGUGUGGUGAUUUUGUCAGUACUUCGAGUGUGUGUGUGAGUUUGGUCUACCUCGCAAGAGAGGCACGAGGGAUCUCACCUCGUUAUUGGAAAGGUACAGACUAAUUCAACCCUGUCAGUGGCAGAUUUAAAACCAUUUAUAGCUUCACCGAUAAGCUCAAAGCUGAAACAGAUUUAUCACUAACAAUUUGAUGCCUGACAGCGUGGAAACACUGUUGAAUACAAAGCUUGAUUCAUUCAUUUCAUUGUUAACUUGACAACGGGUGUAUCUUUGUCACUGACAAGCUGAAGACUUGGUCAGAGCUUAACAUGGCUAAGUGCAAGUCUGAUCCAAUUGUGUCGCUGGUGCUAUUGAAGCAGUUCCCCGCCUCUGGUCCAAGAAGCCUCACACACGUCUCCAAAGUAUCAAGGUUUAAAGCACUUGUUAAUAACAGUCACUCAGAAGGUUAUAUUUCAUUAGGGUAGACGAAAUUACUGUUUGAAUUUUGUUAUUAGUUUUAAGUCACCUGUCCUGAAGCUGUUGAUUUUACAA